CUCGAAAGACAUCAGUGGAUUUUGCGUCGAUGGAAGCCUGGAGCUGCGAGAAGGUCGCCGAGUGGCUCGAGGCCUCGGGCUUUGGCGAGUUCGCGCAGACCUUCCUCGAGAAUGAGAUCUCGGGCGCCAUUCUGCCCGACUUGACCAACGAGAUCCUUCGCGACGAUCUACAGAUCAAAGCUCUUGGCCGGCGGGCCAAGAUCCUCGCAGCCAUCCGCGACAUCAAUGACAGGGACAACGUCUUGGACCUCGCUGUCUUGCACGCAGCGCCCCUCGUGCUCAGGAUCUACCCCAAGGAUGCACCACCCACAAUCUUGGCCAUGGAGAAGCUGGACCUCGAGGCCGAGCGGCUCGCGCUCCAGCAAGCGCUCAACUCGGGCUACCUCGGGCGCAUUCGGCUGCGCUUUGAUGUGGCGACGACCGACUCGUUCCGUGCGCUCUUGACCGCAUGGCAGUGCAAGGUGCUGCACUUUUCCGGCCAUGGCGUCGGGCACAACGAGAUGCUUUGCUUUGAGGACGGCGCGGGCUGCACGCACAUGAUUUCGCCAAAGUCGCUCCGCGAACUCAUCUACAGCGGCGCCGUCGGCGCCACCGACCUCCUCCAAGUCGUCUUUGUGAGCUCGUGCCACAGCGAGCGGCUGGCCAACGUCUUUGUCGAGGCCGGCGUACCCCACGUCGUUGCCGUGCACUCGGACUCGCGCAUCUUGGACUCGAGCGGCAACAUGUUUGCCAAGCACUUUUACCUCUCGCUCUUCGCGGGCCGGUCGGUCCUCGCAGCCUUUGACAUUGCCAAGACAGCGGUGCGCGCCUUGCCGCCCACCAACAAGCGCGCCUGCUGCUGCGCACACCUCCACGAGCGAACGUGUCAGUGGGCGCUCUCGGGCAUGGUGCAUGCGCGCCAUCCGCCCAACCGCUGCUGCUGCAAAGGCGAGACGCUGCCGUGGCCCCACGACGAGAGCUCCAAGUUCCUCCUUCUCGGUCAAGCGGAUGCAUCGCUCCACGACGUGGUCAUCUUUCCCAAGCUGCCACGCGGGAAGCUCGUGGACUUGACGCCGCACUGUCCGUCGAACCUCCCCGCCAUGCACGGCCAGUUUGUCGGACGCAACGUCGACACGUACAACCUCGUGCGCUCGAUCGUCCAAGGCAACGUGACGGUGUGCACCGGGGCACCAGGCAUUGGCAAGAGCUCGCUCGUCAUUGCAGCCGCGCACUUUGUGCUGCAGCGCAGGAUAUGCCCCGACGGCGUCUUCUAUGUGGAUCUCGAAGGUCUCGCGGGCCUCGAGUUCUCGGCCGUGCUGUAUGCAAUCGCCCAGAGCGUCGGGCUCCCCGUCGGCGAGAACACGACCGAUAGCCAGCUUUUUGCCGAGCUCGGCUCCAAGCGCUGCCUCCUCGUGCUCGACAAGGUCGAGGAGCUCCUCGACCGCGACCAGCGCAAGUGUGAGGCGUUCCUUGGCCAGCUCGUCGCGACUGCGCACCAUACGCGGCUGCUCCUCGGCUCGCGCCGCAUCCCGGAUAUCGCCAACGUCACAGUCACGUCCGUCAACAUCUCGGAGCUGCCGCUCAAGAUUGCGACGGAGCUCAUCUUGUCGAUGGCGCUGCAAUGCUCGCCUGUUGAAGCAGAGCGACUCGCGACCAUCUGCGGCAAGCUGCCAUUGGCGCUGCGCGUCGUCGGCCGGGCCCUCGCCAACACGCGCUCAAACGUGACGCCCCAGGACCUCAUCGAGCGACUGCAAGUUGAAGACCACCGCCUCGAGGAGAUCAACAACUUGUCGGAAACUGGCCAGAAAGAAUGCCUCGACCGGUGCAUUCGAUCGUCGUUCACGCAGCUCGACGCGCCGCUCCGGCUCGCCUUUAUGGCACUCGGGCUCUUCCGCGGUGUGUUUGAUAUGAAGGCCGCGUGCGCGGUCCUGCAGUCGUUUACGUCGCCGUCACCGCUCAUGAAGACGCACUCGUCGCCAUCCAUCUUGUCAUCAUCGACGCCCUCGAUGUUUGCGCCGCCAUCGUACAGCCGGCAGUAUGGUAGUAGCAACGCACUGGACGAGUGUGCGUCGACGGCCGCGUCAUCCGCGCAGAGCCUCGGGUGGGAGCUCUACCACAUUGACGACUGCUUCGACAAGGACGACGCGCUCACGACCAUGUCGUACUCGCUCUUGAACCUCGAGAGCCAGGAAGAGGUGACGGCGCAUGCGUCCGAGGUCGCGGCGGCAAUCCCGGCGCUCGAGCAGCUCAACCAAUGGUCGUUAGUCGAGAAGGUCAUGCCGAUGAUACUGCGAAAGACGACACGGCACGUGUUGCCGCAACACGCGCGCUUCCGGCUCCACAACAUGAUCCAGCUCUUCGCCGAGGACGAGGCCGCCAAGUUUUCCGUCUCGUCACCGGAAGGCGCCGCGCUCUUCUUGGCAUGGCGACGCCGCUUUGUGCGACAUUACUGCCUCGUGAUUGCGAAUGCCAGCCACGCGUUCCGCUACGAAGGGUCGCUGACGCUCUUUGACUCGGAGCGCUCGAACAUCGAGUCGGCGCUCCGGAUCGCCCACCAGCUCUCCAAGCACAGCGAAGAGACGGCGCGCGAGCGCAUGGCGACCGGCUGCGAGGACGACGAUGGCGGCUACGCGCCCUUCAUCGACGUGCUACUCCAUAGCAACCUCAUGGUGCGCGGCCGCUUCAUCUUUCGCGCCCGCAUGGACCCGCGCUUCCGCCUGCGCUUGUUUGCGACAAGCAUCCAAUUCUCCAAGACCGCGCGUGUCCUCAACUGCAAGUGCGGCCAUAUUGAGAACAACUCGACGAUCCUCGACACGAGCGAUAUGCCGUCGAGCUAUGAGCCAAGCCAAGCACCGGAGGCUGCCCCGCCCUGCGCGUGUCCGGGCGUGAUGGAGCUCCUUGCGCUCGAGGUGCUCAUGGUCAUGGAGAUGGGGUACGCGCACUAUGACGUCAACGAAGACGCCAACGCAGAGCACAUGUACCGCGAGUCGCUGCGCAUCCAGCAAGAGGUCCUGCACCGGACCGACCACUCGCACGUCGCGGAGGCGCUCAAUUACCUCGGGAUUGUGCUCUCAAUGCGCCGCGGCUUUAGCCCCGUGAAUGCGUGGAAGUUCCGAAAGGCCGAGGCGCUACUGCUGCAGGCCAAGGAGAUCCGCGAGCGCGUCCUUGGGCCCGUGCACCCCGACUAUGCGACAAGCUUGAACAACCUUGGCAACUUUUACAAGUCGGCGCUCACGAUGCUCAAGGACGAGGGCGAUAGUUCAUCGAUGGGCUUGGGCUACGGCGGUGUGCUUCUCAAGACCAACGAUGAGAUCCAAGAACUGUAUGAAAAGAGCCUCUCGAUCUACGAGGCGCACCUCGGAAAGGACCACCCGCUCGUCGCACGGAGCCUCAACAACAUGGCGCUCUUCCUCGUGCACAUCACCGACAAGCGCAAACCGUCGCCGCAAAAGAUGUCGGAGAUUGACGCCAAGAUUGAGCAGCUGUACCUACAGGCGCUUGACAUUCGGCGCAAGAAGCUCGGCAAUAAGAACCCCGAGACCGCGGCGACGCUCAACAACCUUGGCAACCACAAGUACAACCAGGGGCAAUAUGCAGCGGCCGAGACAUACCUGCGCGAAGCGCUCACGAUCCGGCAGCAGUACUAUAGCAACACCAACGACCGCGUGUCCGUGACGCUCCUCAACCUCGCGCGCAUUCUCGUAGCCCAGGAAAAGUACAAGGAGGCUGAAAUGAUGUACCGCGAGGCCGAAGCCAUUCGCCAAGUGCUCAUGCCCAACUCGCGCGAGCUCGGCUUUUGUAUCGAAAAGAUUGGUCGCUGCAUGCUGCGCCAAGGCUUGGAGGACGAAGGGAAGAAGCUCAUCUCCAAGGGCCAGCACAUGAAGCGGCAGUCGGGCUUCCAGAGCCGGCGACCGUCGACCGACUCGUUUGGGUCGUUUGACACGGCGUCUGUCGCGUCCGAGUCGUUCAACGACUCGUUCAAGGAGCAGCUGUACAUCCACGACGUGCUCUCGGACGAGGCACUCUCGAGCCCGGACUUUAACGUCGAGGGUCAGAUCAUUGGCAAGCAGGGCGCCAACCUUCGCCGCAUCGAAAAGGAAAGCGGCGCCCAAUUUGUGGGCACAUGCGAAGAUGCGGUCGCGGCCGCCAAGACGCUGACGAUCGAGCACCUCAAGGACAUUCAGUUUCGGUUUGAGAAGAAGCUUGCGCAGCCGCCGGGCGCGUCGACGCAAGCGACCGGUCGACGCCCACCUCGGCACGACGAGCGUCGAGGCAAGGCCGGGCGCGCCGGUCACAAGAGCCACCACGGGGGUCGUGGCAGCAACAACAACAGCAAUAGCAGUCAUGCUGGUGGCCGCGGUGCGGGACGGUCGUCGACGAUGCACGUCUCUCUCGAAGACUUGCUCCAUAAAAAGUAG